UCAGUCAACAGGUCGGCGGCGCCGAGAGAGGACCGCCCGUCCACGUCCGAGACAGACUCCCUUAGCGCGCGGCGGAUGCAGAAGGGAGGACCUCCGCGGAGUGCACACGGCCUCUUUGUUGUUGUUCUUCUUCCUCCCCUCCGGGAACAGGGAUAAAACACAAGUACCUAGAGUAGAUCGUUCCCGCCUGAGGAGUUACCCCCUCUCCCCUCGCCCAGGAGACGACCACCGCCCGCCAUGGAUAUAUUCUCGUCGGACAGCAACUUCUACGAGAUCAGCACCAGCGAGGACCUGAAGGCGCUGUGGGACGCCGAUCUGGACGCGGACCCGCUGCUGGGGCAGCUCCGCUGCGGCCUGUACGACUCGGACGAGAGCUGGCCGCUGUCCGGGGCCCCGGCGGCGUCUCCCGGCGGCUGGCCCCACGUCGUCAUCCACGACCGGCUCAUGUCGGACGCGGCGGUGGCGACGGCGCCCAUCAAGACGGAGCACUCGUACAGCUACCCGAUGCCCGACUCGCCCUGCAGCCUGGCCGGCCGGCCUGACAGCGACGAGGAGGACGACGACAACAUGGACGGCGGCAGCCCGCGCGCCUCGGACCCGGGCGACGACCGCAGCCUCGACGGGGCGCGCAUGGCGGUGGUCAAGGACGAGCCUAUCAGCGACACGGAGUCCGGCGACGACUCCUGCUGCGCUUCUUCAGGGUCGCCGCCGUCGCCCGCCGGCUUCACGUGCCUGCCGCUGGCGAGCCGGCUGGAGCAGCACAGCGUGCUGAAGAAGUCUGCUGGGCUGCUGGACAGCCGCGCCCCCCUCCUGUCCAAGCUUGAGGUCAAGGUUGAGCCCGCGACGGCAGGGUUCCCGCUGCCGCCCACGCCGCCGUCCUCAGCCUGCAGCGACACGGAGGGCGUGUCUCCCGACGCCGACACCAGGCAGCGCCACUGUCGCCGGCAGGGCGCGCGCGUGUACCUGAGCGCCGGCCGGCAGCCCAUACAGUCGCCCCUCAUCAGCACGCAGAUGAAGGGCCUCAGCGGGACGCUGGUGCUGACGGACGAGGAGAAGAGAACGCUCGUGGCCGAGGGCUACCCGAUCCCCACUCGACUGCCGCUGUCCAAGGCAGAGGAGAAGGCUCUCAAGAAGAUCAGGAGGAAAAUAAAAAACAAGAUCUCGGCCCAGGAGAGCCGGCGCAAGAAGAAGGAGUACAUGGACUGCCUGGAGAAGAAGGUGGAGGUGCUGACCAACGAGAACUUUGACUUCAAGAAGAAGAUCGAGCUGCUCGAGGACAGCAACGCGGCGAUGCUGCGCGAGCUCAAGAAGCUGCAAGCCAUCGUCUCCAGGGACCUGCUGGGCUCCGGUUCCUGCGCGCUAAAUGUUCCACAAUACAUCGGAGCCAAGAGCGAGUUCAGCAGUAGACCUUCAAGGUCAUAAGUAUAGUGUAUCGACAGCCAGGGACGAAUAGCUGGCUCCGACACUAUUUGGCUGUUGCUAGUCUUCCAUUGCAAGAACGUGAAGCAUUGGCCCGAGUUCAAAUGUUUGUCAAAAACUACUCUGCUCACAAUCUUGAAGGGAAAUUUUUUAUUCGUCAAAGUGUUACUGCUGGUGAACUGUCACGGAAGUUUUGUUUUGUUGAAAUUGAGUGGUAGUAGUGAAUAAUGAAUAAACCAAAGUCGUCAAUCUGCAUUCCAUUUUAUAGGUAAUGGCAGCUGUUACUGAUAUCAAACUUAGUGUGGUGUGUAGUUGUUUUAUCUAUGCUAACGUUUUUUUUUGUGUUUCAUGUUAUUAAAUUAUUUGAAUUUUUAUAUUUGUGUAAAAUGGUAAUUUAAAAAAAAAUGUCUGUGUUCACAAUUCUCUAAAAAUAUUUUUAAAAAUGUGAAUAUCUUAAGUAGUUACAGUAAGACCUGUUGAUAACCACUUUUUGGUUAUCUGAUGAACUAUUUUGUGUAUCUGGAUUCUGACAGUUCAGGAGUGCUAAAGAAGAUACAAACUCGUUUAUCACAUGCCUUAUCAUUGCCUCCAUGAUAUAGGCGUUGGACUGGCGAGACUAAGGUCUGUCACUGACUCACAUUUAAUAGGAAUAUUAUGCAAUGAUCCUUUCAUCUUAUAACACAUUAACUAAGGCAAAAA